AUGACUGACGCGCUCCCAAAGCGGCUAGCGCCACGUCGAACCACAACAAAGCAACGUCUUAUCGAUUGUUGCUCUGAUCCCAGUCCUCCACAAGCACCACCAGCACUUCGUGAAGCUCGGCAUUGUUCUGCUUACUUACUCCUCGAGACCUUGAUCGCCAACUCCAGCAUGCCGUCCAACCUGCGCCGGCUUGCUGCCGAUCAUGCCGCUUUACACAAUGACCUCCCGCCGUACUACCUGAAGCCGUCGGAUGAUGACGACCUAUCGCAGUUGGACAUUCUCCUUACCGGGCCGCCGGGCACACCUUUCUCAGAAGGAUUGUGGAAGCUCCAUCUCAAGAUGCCGGCCGACUACCCCAAGAGCCCACCCAAGGCGACGUUCCGGACAAGGAUCUGGCACCCGAAUAUGGAGGAGCUUACCGGUGCAGUUUGCGUGGAUACCCUUAAGCGGGAUUGGCAGCCGAACCUGACACUGCGCGAUGUACUGGUGACGAUCUCAUGUCUUCUCAUCUACCCCAAUCCUGACUCUGCGCUCAAUUCCUCCGCUGGCGCCCUCUUACAAGAGAACUAUGCCGCCUUUGCGCACCAAGCCAAGCUCAUGACCUCCAUCCACGCCCCAAUCCCGCUCGACCUCAAAGAUGCAGUGAGCGAGGCAAAACUCCGAGGCGAGGAUGCAGGGACAGUGCUUGAGGGACGCCAAGAGUCAUCCUUCCAGCAAACGCGCAGGCAGCGACGAAACCACAACGCCACAACGAAGAAACCCGUGCGCCGAGCUACACGAAUCGAGACCCUAUCGCACUCGCAUCCCUUCACCCAAGCCUCUCAGCCCAUGUCAGACGAAGAAAUGAGCGAUGGCGAAAACGACCCAGCCAGCGCAAGCAAAGAAAACGACCCAGCUCUCUCCCCUUCCCCAGUCAAUCUCGCACCUCCUUCACCCCGCAAGAACGCCCCAGGCAAGCGUCCCCUCUCAGUCCUCUCAAUGCCCUACCCAGAAGACGAAGCAGACAUGAUGCUCGUCGACCAAGACUCCGAUACCGAUUCACCUGCCAUGUCCUCCAACGAACAAAACAUCACCGCAAACCUACGCUCCCGCACUUCAUCCCCCCAACGCAAAACCCCCAAACUAUCCCUCCUAAGCAGGGGCAUCAAUGCCUCCGGUCGUCUUCACGAUACAAUGCCAAUAUUCGAGGAUUUCCCCGGUCUAUCCAUGACCGACCCUUCUCGCCGGCUGAGCGGCGACGGAAAAGAAAACCGUGGUUCUGCAACUGUCCGUGGCCUAAAGGAGAAACGGGACUUGCACCGCUCGAAGGCUCUUAACAGUAACCCCCAUGUACCCACAGCCCUCCACCAAGCACCCACCCCAUCCCUAUCUUCUUCUUCUAUCCCGGGUUCUUCUGCUUCGAAGAUCUCCAAGAAUAAGAAGACUAUUGGUGGUCCGCGGAAAACUACUGCUGUAAAGGCAAAGCCGCGCAUUGGUGUACGCCGGCUAUGA